ACCUUUUUUAAAACCAGAUGAAACGGUUAAAAACCUAAGUCGAAGGCUUCAUAGCUUCAAUAGAAGUAUAGAAUAGAAUACAAGAGAAGCAGAAGACUUGUAGGCUAUAAUAACGUCAUUUCUCUGACUUUUUACUUCAUUGAUAAUUUAAUUGGUUUAAUGUGACAAAACACACGGGUUAUUAAUAUAAUAUUACGAAAAAAUCACUGUCUUGUUCGAGUCUCACAGUGUCACUGAUCAGUACAGUUACAGCCUCAGUGAUUGAACGAUUAGUUAGGAUAGGCUUAGUGAGUGUGUCCGUCAGUUCAAGUUUAGUAUGGGUAUCUCCGUCGUUCCACAAACUAGUCUGACUCAGUAAAUAAGUAAGUUGUAGACCUAUCCUAAUCACUAUUCAAUUAAUUCAUAAUUAGUCCUCAGCCUCUUAACUUUUACUUAUUAGUAUUACUUAUAUUAAAUUAGGCUUAGGCUAGGCCUAGUUAUUGGUUAAGGGGCCAUCCAUAAUCAUAAAUGAUGUCAAUAUCAGGCAUUGAGGCAUCCAAGGUGGGAGAAGGCGGUAGCAUUUUUUGAGGAGGGGGAGGGGGUGUUUAAGCAGUGUGAUGUCACAUUACAAGCCGAACAUUUUUAAUAUAAUUAUUUUAUUUAAUAAACAAUUAUUUUAUUUUAAACUACUGAGACUGAGAGAAUCAUUACAAGUAUGCGAGGUCCAAAAAAUGGCAUCUGAUCAAGUUACAGAACACUUGGAGGAGGAGAAUCGGGGUGUAGUGACAUUGACAGUUGUGAGAAUUGUGUAAAUGUGGUUGAGGGGGGAGGGGGGGAUGAUAUCUCAGUAAAUAUUCUAGAAAUUCUUUACCAUUUUGGAGCACUGCAUCCCCUCUAAAUUUCAAAUCAUUUUCAGUUGUUGUUGUUUUUUUUUUUUGGGGGGGGGGGGGGGGGGGGGGGGGUUUUGGAUUUUUUAUUAUGUGACUUUAUAAUUGAGGGGGGUGGGGUCUAACUUUUUGUGAUGAGGGGGGAGGAGGGGUAAAAAAUCAUUAAUCAGUUUGUGUGGCGUCAUUUAUGGAUGGCCCCUAAGUACCUUAGUAGUAAAGUCUAUACUAUACACCAUACAUAGUAAAGUCUAUAGUUCGUCUUUUUUGCCUAUCUUGCCUCUUGGGCGCCCAUUCGUCUCAAGGGCAAGGGGGUUUAAAAUAUAUGUGGUGCACAUUAUGUAAAACCCUGCAACUGAGACAAUGUGAGUGGGAGUGACCGCAAGUCAGCGGCAUCUCUGGACACAUAUCUGACGGAUACAUUAAAGUUGCUACGGCUACGUUCAUCCGAAAUUCUGCUUAAGCGCCUCAGGGCAAUAUAAAUAUGAGGAAGGAAGCAUUGAGCUCUGCCCAAGGAUUUGUAUACUAAAUGGGGCUUCUUGCUUUACUCCUCACCAGCCUUUAAUGUAGUCUAUGUCUAUGCUACCAGGGUUAUACCAUCUGACAUGAUAAAUUAUGAAGCCAAAAGCAAAAUAUAUUACACAUUUUUUCAUGUCAUUUUCAUUUCUGUUCAUUCUUUAUAUAAAUGCUCUUUUGAAUUUAAUUUAAUUUAAGAAGAGAGUUAUGUUUUAGUUAAUUCUAUGCAAUGUACUUAUUUUUUGUGUGGCUAGGUCAUAUAGAUGUAUUUCUCAUUUGUGUGCAGAAUAACUAUAUACAUGCUACAUAUAUUUAUUAGGUGUCAUGUCAUGAGGCCCUUGUAGAAUAGACACAUGAUCAAAAUGGCCAGCAAAGUUAUUUGGUCUAUAUUAAACUCUAUACAUUGGGUUCCCAGACAGCUGAACCUACACGACAACUGAACCCAAGACAACCGAACCCAUGUCAAGUGAACCCACGGACAAGUGAACCCACGGACAAGUGAACCCACAGACAAGUGACCACGUUGACAACUGAACCCAUAGACAACCAAACGCACGACAGGUGACCAGAAAAAUAAUAAAAUUGAAUAGAAUAUGUAUUAAAUUUUAAAAUGCCGAAACGCAUAGAAAACGUACCACGUAAAAUUUUCUACUGAUUAAAUACAUAUAUAUUAUUAUAAUUAGUUUCAUUGGUUAAAUUGGCUUUAAAAAAUAAUUUUACUCUGCAAAGUGUUGGGGCUUAAAAAUAUUUUUAUUAAAAAACGAGUAAUAGUAGGCCUAUAGUUGGCAAAUGUCAUCCUAAUUAUUAUAUUAACUUUAUUGCUUUUUUUAUAUAAAUGUCAGCUCUGUCACAAGCGGCCUUGUUUACUCAUAAGUAGCUUCGACUCUUUAACCCAUAUUUAGUUUUGCAAUUAGAAUUAGAGCAAGUUAUUUGUUCUUCUCAAGAAAUGUCAACUUACAGACACUCUCAGAGCAACUCUGAUAAUGAAAUGUAUUGCUAUAUGUAUAGGCCUAUAAUAUGAUGAGCAUACUGCUAUCAACCGUAUCGUCGUAAACAAGUAGGUCCUAGCCAUAAGCUUAAUUUUAAUUAUCCUUUCCAGAUUUUGAAAUUUGGUUCUCCGCUACUACACAAAAAAUAAAGUGGUAUUUUUACAUUUUUACCUGCAUACUUUCCAAAAUCAUACCAUACAAUUCAGGAUAUUUGUUGAUUUUUAUUGAGUUUUCAUUAAUUUAUAAUUGAAUUGAUACAUAUUAAAUAGUAGGCCUAUCAAUAACCUAUAAUAUAGCUUUGCUCAACUAUGCAAAAUAAAUAUCGUCUAAAAAAGUGUUUAGUAGAGUUAUAAUGAAUACAAAUUAAUGUCUUUAAUCUCUACAUUGUACGUUUUCUAGACAUUUCGUCUUUUUUACAUAUUCUAUUUAAUUUUAUUAUUUUUUGUGGUCACCUAUCGUGCGUUCGGUUGUCUAUGGGUUCAGCUGUCAGUGUGGUCACUUGUCUAUGGGUUCACUUGUCAUGAGUUCGGUUGUCUAGGGUUCAGUUGUCGUAGGUUCACCUGUCGUGCGUUCAGUUGUCUGGUCACCUAUAUAUAGUCAUAAUACUAUAAAGUCAUAGACACUAUUAUGACUAUGGUAGAUGAUUACUUCUACUCAGUGGCAUAGCUGGGGUUACUGUUGCCUGGAAGCUGGCCAAAAAUCCCACCCAACCAAGAAAAAUCCCUCUGCAGCAUGGCAGAAAAUACUACCCCUCCAUAUGAAGAAAAAAGUGCUGUCCCCUUCCUAAACCAUUGGGUCUAAGCAUAUGUAUAAUAUAUAUUGUAUAGAUAGUCGUACGUACUCUUCCAUUUAAAAUUAAAGAAUGCCAGUGGCAUUAAAGACAUUCAACAUAUAUUCAGGUUCCUUAACUAUACAUUCAUGUGAUUUAUGAUUCACAGUGAUAUUUUGCCUAAAGACUCUUUUAACAGAAGCAUAAUGUUUUUAUACAUUGAUGGUUCAACGCUGUCAAGACUAUUAUUUAGCCAUCUGAACAGUCAUGGAGGCCAGGUAAAUAAGUCAACACUUUUGACUUUAAUUUUGAUAAAUAAUAAGCCCUAAUGGUAAUGGGCUUAGAUAGUAAGUAGCAGGCUAAACUAGGAGGAGUGGCAAAUGCUCACAAUCUGAGAUUUGUAUUAUUUUGUAUGCAACAUGAAUUGUUUGAAAGUAAAAUAGCAAACUCAUUGUGAUUGGGUGAUUUUGGGUAAGACAAGAGAAUUAUUAAAGGAGGAUUUAAUGAAGCUUUGAUGCUGGGAAUAACAAUCUAAAAUGUCUGGGCCUGGGUUAGAAUGAGUGAAAGCAUGGGGUGCCCCACUUGUAGCCUUGAAGUAGUUUUUUUCAGUGUGGUCUUGGUUGGUGUGAGAGGAUUUUAUAUUCAAGUCUAAUGGUAGUGUUCCCUUUUAGUACAGGUAAUUACCAUUAAUUUUCAAGUUUAAACAAUCAAAAUUAACUUAAGUAUUUUUUAGGUCUUAAAGUAGUUAAUGUUUUGAACAGCUUACUAAUUAUUUUUUCCACAGUAUGGAUUUCUAUUGGGGGAGAGAAUUGAACAAAUAGAAGACAAGAUAAGUGAUUCUCAAAUUCAUACCUCCAAUGUCAAUUCCUUCAUUUGUAAGUCAUUUCAUUUUAAACUUUCAACUGCUAAAUCAGCCCCAAAAAAUUCAGGGUCUCAGGAUAUUCAACUCAAAAAAUCUCAGCUCUUGCGCUUGAUCCUAUCUUAUUAUCAAUUAAUUUGUUUAGUUUUAUGGAGCACAUUAUACCAUUGCAAAUUUUCAUGAAUAAGAUCAAGACCUGUUACUUGUUUGAAGGAAACAUUUUUUAGGGCAAAUAUGCCCAUUUACAUAUGUUUUUGUCUUUAAUAAGACAAACUUCCUUCAUGAUCCAGUUGACUGUAUUGGUUUAAUUAUAACAUUUUUAAAUUAUGAGAUUCUUUUUAAUGUGACCCUGGUUACUAAAUGGACAUGCCUAUCUCAAAUUAUAUAUGCUGAAUGUGUUUGAAAUUUACUGCAGUAAAUUCAAAAGUGAUGCAUUACAGUUCAGGUUGACUUUUAUUAAUGAUUACCCACUGUGACAGAAUUCAUUCAUUUGACGGAAAGAGUUUUUCCUGUCAAAUUUUUUAAUUGCCAUUGACCAUGAUUUAUUGAGCUAUUGAUUUAUUUUUCCGGUUUUCUUAAUUUUGGUACCAGUAUCAACUUUCUUAAAUUAUCAUUUAUUGAAGCAGUUUGAACAUAUGCAAUUGGUCUUUUUUGAAUUCAGAUAUUUCCUCAUUUAUACCUUGGCUUGGAAAAGACUUGAUGUACCACAGAAAUGGAUGCAUCAAUGAAAAAGAGAUGGAUCGCCUUCUUCAAAAAACAGAUCAGGUUAGGUCAACAAGUAGCUUUCUUGUGGCUACUUUUAGUAGGGUAGUAAUAAGCAAUUUGUGUAUUUUGCUUUAUACUAUUCAGACUGUAAUACAUUUCUUAUACUUCUGUAAGCUAAAUACUUUCUAAAAUUGUAUUUAUUUGCAGACUUUAGUUGGAUGGUAUAGUUUUCGGCACCAGACUCGUCAGAGGCCAUCAUUCAGAGAGUUAACUUUGCAUGAUAAGCUGACAAAGGCAGACAAAUAUGUUAAGGACUCAAGUGAUUUCCUAUUUUUCCUGUGCACAUCAUCAUUCUCCAAAAAUAUGUCAACACACCUCAGCAGCCAUGGUUUCAUGCAUCUUAUUGACAGGUAUAAAUAAAAUAAAAAUAUUUUUUGUCUGUUUCCAAGCUUAAUUUCUUAUUUAUUUAGAUGUGUAAAUAUUUCAUAAUUUACCCUUUAAUGUUACAACAAAUUAUGGUACCUAAAAUUUGAGACAGGGUUUUGAAAAAUUAUGCAAUUUAUUUCCAUUGCUAAGUUCAUAAAAUAAAAUUUAAAUGGUGUAACAAUUUGUAAAUUUUUAAAUGCUGUGGUGCAAGCAGAGCAUUGAAAUAUGUUUGGGAGGGGGGGGGGAUAUCACCCUAAUAAAUAUGUCUAUACAGUUUAAAUUAUUGAAAUUACUUUAAAUUAUUUUUGCAUAAUUGGGAAUGUAAGAAGUUGAACAUACAAUAUGCACUCUCUCAUGUGGGUGUGAGAAUUUGAAAACAUGUUGCCUUUUAUAACAUAGCAAGGCAGUUUUGUUCCAGAAAUUAGGAUGUUUUUAUGUUUUUAUAAAAUAAAUUAUUUUGGCAUGGAUUUUAAUGUUUUUACCACAAACUCAUAAAGAAUGCAAACUGGUUCAGACGCCCUCUCAAAGGGGAUUUAUACAGUGGGUUUCUCCCUCGUGACUAAUUCACAAAGUAGCUGGGGCGAAAUCGCUGCCUAGGAGCAGCUUCCUUAAAUGGUGUGUAAAUAGAAUCAUCAACAUGGGGUUGCCACACCCCACCUCAUGUCACAUAUCCAUUAACGGCAACAUGUAAUCAUGUUCCCUACCCUGUUUCUGUUUUAAAUUCCAACUACAGAUUUUCCACAGUUGGUAGCCCUGUAGAUGCUACCAUUUUUGGCAGAUACCAUGCAUGUCCCUUGUCAACCAACACAGGCAUGUGCAUUGGUGGUUUUGUUCUCCGGGUAAUCCCUGGGGUCGGUGGCAACACCUCUUUAGUCAGCAAGCCACUACAGACUUACCAACCAGAGCCCUGGGGAAGGAAAUUUUGUACUACAAACUUAUACUCACAAAAAUUUCAAUACAUUAACAAAAAUUCCGUAUCCAUGCCAUAAAGUAGUGAUAGGAAAUGUUUCAUUCGUGCCAUAAGUAUAAGAACAGUGAAUGAACAUCAGUACAUAUCCAUGCAAUAGUUUGUUUAAAAUGAGCCUAUGUCCAGGAGAGGAAGCUCUCCUACUGGCUAAGCUACCGCUUUUGGUAAAUCAUUUUUUUGUUACUUGUUACAAGUGUGUUAUUUUGUAUUACUUUCCACAGAAAAUUAGUUGAGGUGCCAAUGACUAUCAUGAAUUUAGGAGACACAACUCGAAAAGAGUACCGCAAGCAAAGCAAUGCUACAUUAUCCCACUGUAAAACUGUCCAAGCUUCUCUUAUUAAGCACGGGUUCGUAAAAAAAAUUUUUAAAGUUACAUUAAACUUCUCCACAUCAAGUUUUUCAUUCACAUAGUAUUAGAUGUUCUCAGUUUUUUUUAUUCCAGAAUGUGUUUUUGCCACUGGGAAUUUUAGGGGUCCUUUUUAAAGAUUCUUAAAUUCCCUUUGCAAGCUCUCAUUUAGCUUGUCAAUGGUGUUUUCACAGUUCUAAUCAUUGAAAUUUCAUUAAGUAUGAUCCAGGUGACAUACAAUGCUCAAAUGUUUAAUUUAUCAGCAUUAGGUGGAGCUUGACUUUUACCUAUUCCGAAUUAAAUGUAGCACUAAAGAAUUAUUGUCACACUAUCUCUGGGUUUUUAUGCGCAAACAGCUAAUCAAUGUGAUAUGACAACCAUCAUUACUUGUUUGUGUGCAUGGCUGCUGAGGAAGCCACCACACAUCUCAUGAGUGUCAAAUCGGUUGAUGAUUAGAAUAAAUUUAUUUAUUUUUAAAAAUUAAUUAAUGUGUGUAAGUAGGGACAUAAAAAAAUCUUUGUGUUGUUGUGUAAAAUACAGGCCAUGAGAUAUUGUGUGAGAUAUUGCAUAUGAUAUUAUAUAUUUAACGCAUUAUUUAAUCUGUUUUUCUAUCUUUCUUCUUUAGGAAGGACCAUCUGCAACCGUCUGGUGAAAUGGAUCAAAUUACUAAAAUUAAGAGUCUUUCGUCCUCAUUCAAUAAGGGAUUAAUGGUGAGUACUGUUUUUUACACACACAACUGUUACUAGAAAAGCUAAAAUCAUCUUAGUAAAGAAUUGUAAACAAAUUCUUAACCUCCUGACGUUUGCUGUUGAUCCUUAUGUUUACUUCACAAUUAAGUAAACAGAUUUUUGGUUGUCGGUUUUGUUAUCAAUAAACACAAUUUUAAAAAAAAUCAAGAUAAAAAAAAACUUUUAAAAAUAAAUUGAUCCGCUUUCAACUGCGGCUUAUGAUCUUAUUAAAAUCAUGUCAAUCCGACUGUCGCUGAUUAAUAUGUGAUUGGUUUGUUUCAUCAAAUUCUUUGACACAUUGAUACGUCGAAAUCACACCGGACUGAACACUAGUCCUUUUCUAUUAGUAAUGUAAUGUAAACUUUAAUCCAGAAACAUAUAUAUCAGGCUGCACAAUGAAUCAAACACAUGUAUAACGCAGCUCACUAUAAGUAGAAGAAAAUUGUACACAAAGUUCUCUCAUUCACUGCUCAAUGAAAUGCACAUGCACCAAUAAUAGACACCACCAUCACAAUUAUCAUAAAAAUACAUCACAAUGUGUCACAAGUCUUAAUGGCAAAUCAAGCCUUCAUUAACUAAACUACUACACAAGACACACUGCACACAAUAAAAUAUUCUUUGAGCAAACAUUAAUAGUGAAUACCCAUACUCGACACUGACCUUGCUGUGUGAAGCAUUUGGGAAUGCAUUGUAAAAUCUUGAUAACUGGUUUAAAACCAGAUUUAUAAGAACCAGUUUUCCCUGAAAAAAACAAUAAAUUUUUAAAAAUUCUGAAAUCGGGGUAACAAAAUUAGUUUAUAAAGAGGCAUUUUUGCAUCAUUUAUUGCAUAAAUAAAAUUAAGUAUAUGUGUAAAUAAAAGUAUUUUAUAAGGAAGUGUGAAAUUUGUGUAACUGCCUAGACAGUGAACUAAAGAAAACAUCACAAUUUGUUCAAUUUCUUUGUCUCUUUAUUUUUCUAAUGGCUAAUGGGCUGUAUGUUUGAAUUUAUUUAUCUUUUUCUGUCUGUACAGUUAAUUAUAAAAAUUUUUUAACAUUUUUUGCAUCAGAAUUUAAGUUGAUCCAAAUUUUAGGAAAAUGAGUUAACAAUUAUUGUUGUCUUUUAGCUUCAUGGUUCUCAGAUCACAUUUGUGGUUUAAAGAAAGAUUAUUUAUGUCAUUUUUUGCCAUUACUAAAGGAUUAUCUUUACCUUCAUGGAUGUUAAAUAUAACUAUUUUUGUAACUAAGGACAUUUUCUCUUUUUCCAAAAGGCUGCACAUAAGGCAGUUGUUGCUACUGAAUCUGUGUUGGGCGCUCUAGAAGCAGAAGUCAACUAUCUGAAGCAACAGUUGGAUGCUGUAGAACUGGAGGAAAUGAAUUUCUUACAUGAAAUGGAAAAUGAACAAAAAAUAAAAAAUGAGGAAGACCUUGCAAGACUUAAUAAGAGGACAGAAGAAGAUGAAAAUGAGCAAAUACAACAAUUAUUACUUAAUUUAGGUAUGUCAAACCAAAAUGUUCACCCUGUGUCAGGUCCGGCGUCGUCAUAUGAUGAAAGCCACAACUUCCGAGGCUUCCAAGGGAUUGAUUCAAUGCCAUCACUCCCCGCAAAUUCAUCAAAUGUGAACAUGACUAGUCGUGACUUCAGCUCAAACAAUGUUCAACCACAAAUUCUUCAUGUGGAUAAAAAGCAGGGUAGGGCUGCUAAUAGCCCGAAAGAUGUUCCAGACAGACGUGAUAAACAAAGGACUAAAGCUAAAACAGAUAAAGGCGAUCCAUUUUCAUUUGUUGACGAUGUGUUGCAGCAGAGGAAGCCAAAUGGAGCUGACAUGCAGGGCACAAGUUUGCAAAGUAAAUCCAGUUUGACAUCACAAGACCUUAACCAUACCGCUACCACUUCUGCUGCUUUGAAGGAAGUUUACAAUAAAGCUGAAAUGCCCAAUAAAGGCCACAGAGUUAUGGGCAACACAGCCAGCAAGCCAGCUCCUAACUCUGGGAACAGUAAAGAUGAAAGAAGUGAAAAUAGUGAUGGACAUUUAGGUAAGAUUAACUCCUGUGAGGAGACAGUGACCUUGUCAUCAUCACCUGUGUUUUAAACAAGUCUACAAACUUCUUUACAUUGAUAAUUGUUUUUAAUUUUUAUUAUUAUUAUUUUAUUUUUUUUGCACUUGUUUAUUUUUUAUUUGCUUUGGAAAUGACAAGGAGAUUGAUAAUUCAAUUAUUUUCAGAAUUAUCAAUUUGUUUGUACCUAUAUGCCAUUUUCAAUCCCAAUUACUUGAUAAAGCCUCGUGUCUGUGGUGUGAAAAUUUGACACAUCUUCAAUAAAGGUUAUUUUUGAGUUUUUGCUAGUCUGGUCUGUCUGCAUUCACAGCAAAGAAGAAUAUAUUCUGUUUCUCAUGACAUGCUAGUUGGACAGCCAACCUUUAAUGCUUAUGUUUUUAGAUGAAACUUUAAAAAAAAAUAUUACCUUAUUAUUGCCAGUAUCGGUAUUAGUUUUUAAAAAUAGCUGCAUGUUUGUUUAUUUCAUUAUUUAAUAAUUGAAAAUAAUAGGACCCUCUUUCUCUGCAAAAAGUGUAGGAUCUGCAGUUAUGUCGUUAAAGUCUUUCACCACCAUGUUUGCAAAAUGAGGAUGAGGAUGUUAUAGUUUUUUGUAUUUUCCUUUUUUUUUUGCUGAUCGAAAAUGAACAUCCCUUAAUCAUUACCCAAUGUUGUUCAUUUCCGUAUCUCCCUUAUUUAGAUACUGCCACCCUCUGUUGCUAAAAAAUAAUGUUUCUCUUUUUUUUUGGUAUAAACAUUUUAUAUCUGCGCAAUUUAGUAUUUUCUUUAUAAAAUAAUGUUUUUAAACAGAUAACUCUUGUGAUAGAUUUAUCAAUCUAAGUUUGGUAGUUUUAUCAAUGAGGUAUUUUCUGUCUUUACCUUUGUGGUUGAUCCCAUUAUAGAAUAAUAAAUUUAUUUAGGGCACUUAAAAGGGUUACUUUUUUUAUAUCAGACUUUAAAAAAAAAAAAAAAUAUGGAAGGGUGGUUUAGAAAAAAAAAAAAAUUGUAUCACUACUGGUAUUACUGGUAUAUUGAAAUAAGCUGAAAAAUAUAAAUGCUUAUUAAUUUUAAAGAUAAAUAAGUGGUACUAUGGGUAACAGGUUUCAAUGUUAUUACAUGAAAAGGUCAGCUUACUUGCUGUAUGAAUUGGUAAAAGUGAAGCCUUUCUUUUUGCUAAUAGGUUUGAAAUUUCAACUGUGCCAAAACUUAUUUGCUGUUUUAUUAUUAUCUGCUUAUUCUACCUUUUGUUUUAAUGCAUCUACUUUCAAAUGUAAUCAUUUGUCAGCCAAUAAUAAUAACAUGUCUACAUGUUUAUUAUCAUUAACAAUAACUACUCAAAUAUAUAUUCUUUCUUAAAACUGAAUAGUCAAGUUCCAGCUGUCUCUUGAUAUUAGAAAGCCUUCUUUGUAAACACAAAUCAAUAUUUAACAUUGACACUUGAAACAUUAUUCUCAAUUGAUCUAAUCAGUGUCCUUUCUGUUUAUAUUUAUGGCUGGGUGUUUUUUUUUCAGAAAAUUUUUCAAGAAUUAAAAUAAUUUGUAAAGAAUGCUUUUGUGUGUCACUCUUUAUGUAGAUUUUACAGAUGAAGACUUUUCUCUGCCCAACAAUUCAACAUGUUCCUACUUAAUAAACAAAGACCUUGUGCAAGCUCUGCCUACAUGUUGUUGUUUUUUUUGGGUGCAACUUUGAGAAAAGAAACAAUAGCAAAAAAUAUGGCAAUAUUUAAACUUAUUCUUGAAUUGAUUAAAAAAUAAUAAUUUUAAAUACAAAACCAUUCUAUUCUAAGAAAAAAUGUAUUUAAGAACAAAAAAAAACAACUUUGCACCAAUUAAUUUGCUCUCCAUUGGCUGCACUGUUGCAAAAAUGCUGGGACAAUAUAUUUUUGUUUGUAUUUGAUAAAUAUAAAUAUU